CAGGAGCCAAGAUGCAAGAAUUUUCCAUUCGGCAGCAAUUUCUGAAAGGUUCGAUACUGUUACGCUUAAGGCAAUGGAUGGCAUCCUAAUUUUAAUUAGCGGCUGCAUCAAUAAUUCACGUACUAUAGAGAAUGGCUUCCCAAUUGAGGUUUGCCAACAUUUCUCCAUUGGGUUUCCACAUUACUGGGAGGAAGUUGUGGACCAAUCUUUUGAACAAUCAAAACAGACAUAUGCUCUACCAAAGUUCUCAUUUAGUGAUGAUCUGCCAGCAACUUUUCUGCGUGAUUUCUGCGUCCCAGAAAUCAACACGACCACAAACGACCUCCCCGUGGAAAUACCACAAAAAAUGGGCAGUGUUUCGUCUAGGAGAAGUAAAAUUUCUGCUCGCAAGUCGGGAAAUCAGAAAAGAUGAAGUGGAUCAUGGAGAAGUCUCACAUGCAAUUUCAUGAAGUAUUUGCAAGAAGUGAAGGUCAUGAAAAAACAAGUAUACACCUUGCUCCUAUUGUGAAGGACAUAUCUGGAUAUGAGAGACUAAGAGUUGAGCCGCACCUCAAGAAUGAAAAGUUUCUCGUCAUGAAGGAAGAUGAUAAUGUUACUAUUAAAAAUGAUGAGUCAUCCCACAAGUCAGAUCUUGCAUUUUAUGAUACAUCAGGUGUUGUGGACACUGCAUGGUAUGAAGUUCUCGUGAUUGUAGACCAGGUAGCAGAGAACUCAAUUUCGUUGGAAACUUUUCAGUUAUUUGACAUUAUUGUUGAUAUUGUCAAGUCUGAAUAUCUAGUUUCAAAGCAGACGAUUCUACAAACUUCAACCAACACGCUUUUUGUAACACGCUCACCAGGUGAACUUUGUGUGUGGUUCAAUGUUUUAUCGCCAGUUCAGAAGCAUGAGUGGGAGCCUCCACCUUGAGGACAAGGUGAUUUUUAAGGGGGUGGGAAUGAUAUGAUAAUAUAUUAGUUAUAUUAUUUAUUAAUUAGUACUCCGUAUUAUUUAUUAAUAUUUUAUAGUUAAUCUAGUUUAGGGUUUAGUACGGGCUAAGCUCAUUAGGUCAGUUGGUGUUGCUGCAUUACUCUAUAUAUUGUAAUCAUUUCUCGUAAUUACGGAAGCAAUAAGAAUAUCAAAAUUCU